ACUCCAACAGACUUUUCACACGCAGAUUUCAACAGUUCACAUUGUCAUACGUAAACAAUUAAUACAUGCUUGACUUCAAUGAAAAUUUAGAAUGAUCAAACAAAUUCUAUAGCCAGCAAUUAACCAUAACCAUGGGUUCCAAGGACGAUGAUAAAGAUGAACUUGGAGAUAGCCAGAAGAUCAUGCUCGCGGCGAUCUUUUCUUUAUUCGCGGUGGUGUUGCUGAUAGUUUUUCUCCAACUUUACUGUAGAUAUCUCCUAAACCGCCAAGAAAGGAGGCGACGCUCCGCCCUUCAUCGCCAAAACAGGCAAAUUGGACCAGAUAUGGAGUCUAAUGUUACCGUCGAACCACCUAAGGUAGGGCUUGACCCUUUGAUCGUAGCCUCGUUUCCGACGGUUGCAUAUAAGCCGACCAACCAGCAAGAGCUUAACCACGGUGAACCCAUAGAGUGCUCAGUUUGCUUGGGAACCAUAGUGGAAGAUGCCAUGGUUAGGAUUUUACCAAACUGUAAGCACAUGUUUCAUGUAGAGUGCAUUGAUAUGUGGCUCGGAUCAAACACUACUUGUCCAAUAUGUCGCACUGUGGCUGAGCCAAGGGUCCAGCCAGUGGAAAGAGAGUUGGGUAGUAGUGAGGUUCAGGCCCAGGUCCAACCCUCAGCUCCACCCUUGGCCGGUGGAUCAGGAUCUCUAUUUGGCUCUUUUCGAUGGAUGGUUACUAGGGAGAGAUCGUCAAGAGCUCGAAGCUGUGGAGAUGAAGUUGGCGUGGAAGAUCUGGAAAGGGUGUGAAUGUUUAUGUACGUGGGAUUAUGGUAAAUAUUGUAGUUUUCAAAGAAUGGUUCUUAAUCAUAGUUUUGCUAUAAUAUUUCUGGUUCUGUAUUUCUUGAGAAUAUUUUUCUGGUUCUGGUCAAGGGAUUGAGAUUGCUGUUGCAGCUUUUGGUUUAACUGGAUUAUAAUUUUGCUAUUCAUUAUAAAAGUAUACACUUAUUUUAAUUA